CAAUUGUGGUGAUGUAGAUUAACUUAAAUUGAUGCUUUUAUAUCCAUCCUCUUCAAAAGCAUCGUCACACCAGUACUGUCAGUACUUUGAUUUAAGUUGUUUUGGCCUAUUGCAAUCGAGUUACUCUCCCAUUUUGGAUGUGAUGUCUUGAUAUCAGGUAAACAACGCGCGUAGUGGAUGUUUUUGCGGAUGUGUAUUGAAAUGUUGGCUUUGCCUGGUAAAAACGCUGUAAAUAAACGAUUCUGACAUGGAUUUAGUGAGAAUUUAAGAAAUCUCUGAAUAUAAAAAAUAGUUUAUUCCUUUCCUUUACCGCUCGAUACACGGUAUUGGUAAUAUUUCCCUCCACAUACUUUUACAAGGGCCGUUUUCACGUUUAGGUAUUUACAAAAUUAAAAAAAAAUGUUUAAGAUUCGCAAAUUUUUGUUGUAUCUAUGAUACUUGUGAGGAAACAGCAAUACUGAACAUUUACCAUGCUCUGAAAUAUCAACUAUAUGCAUCUUUUGACGAUUUAAAACCUGAAAAUUAUAAUGCGUUGCAACGCAAAACGGUUGAAUAAUUUGGAGAGUUCUGUUGUCGUUAUAAUUUGUGAUACAACGAGGAUUGCAGAUAUAAAGUAUAAAGUACGUCAUUCAUUGUAUGAGCACGGUUGGCCGAGUGGUCUAAGUGUUAGACUAUUACUCCAGGGUCAGUGGUUCAAGCCCGGUUGAGGGCUACUUUUUUUCUUUCUUUAAUUUUAUUCUUGUUUAUUUUUACUUGAGCUUUCUAGAUCCGAUGUUUACAUUGAUCAAUAUAAAGCAUUUAAUGACAAACUUCAAUAUCUGCCAAAAUCUGUGAAAAGACCCCUUUAAGAAAGUUAUCACGAUACGAUCAUUCAUCCGUGACGAUCGGACGCUUUUGCACGUGGUGUAAACUUGUAUGGUUUCACCGUUUUGCACGUGGAAAUGGGCUUACGCGAUGCAAUUCUAAUUUUAUUGCGAGUUUAUCAUUAUAGGUCGGUUCUUACACCAGUGAAUUUUAAUUUAAUUAUUUUUAAGAAAACAUUAUGGUUCGAAAGAAUAUUCGGUAGCCCCACUGCGCAAUUUGCAUGUUGUAGGCUAACGACCCCACGCGCUAAAGCGUCCGAUCGUCACGGAUGAAUGAUAGUAUCAUGAGCUUGCACAAAUGUAGUCAAAGGAUCUCAUAUUCAAUAUUUAAUCAAAAUCUUUACUCAUAACUAAGGUAUACAAGAUAAGUAUUGAUGCAAAGCAUCAAAGGGCGUCGGGAAUUUCAGUGUAAAAGGCACUCACUGAAGUUACAUGGAACGAUUUUUUUUCUACUGAAAAUAUUAAUAUAUUGGCCGAUUAUUUUAAACAAAAUGAAAAAAAAAGAUACUGGUAUAACCAUUAUCUAUGAUUUUGUGUUAUAACCCCCAAAUAACCAUUAUUUAUGAUGUUGUGUUAUAACCCCCAAAUAACCAUUAUCUAUGAUUUUGUGUUGUAACUCCCAAAUAUUUCAUAGUUCAUUUUAUUUACAUUGGUUUCCUUUUUUUACUGGUAUCCGUGUGAAGUUUUCAUUAAUGGAACAGAACUGUGUAGGUUUUAAAAACUCUGCUUCAUUUUGUAAGCUUAAUUUCAUAUUUUUCUCAACUUCAAGGGGAGAUGAUUCUGAACUUAUUUUUACGUUGCUCAUUUACGAUAGGUGUUUAGUACUCAUUGAUAUGAAAACACUGUAAAAGUUUGAAAAAAAUUGAAUGAAAACUGUAAAUUGUAUAAAGAAGCUGCAUUUCACAAUACUUUGAAAUUCAGUAAAAGAUCAUAAUAGAUUUAUUGCUCCGAUAUUCAUCAUUUUCAAUAGGGUUCGAGUAAUACUGGUAUAAAAACACUUAACAAGUUUGGAAAGAUUCAGACGAAAGAUGUGAAAUCUUUUAAACAAGUUGAAAUUGUUUAUUUUGUCAAAUUUAAUAGAAAAAAAAUAUUCUGGACUUAUUGUCCCGAUGUUUCUCAUUUUAAAUGGGGUAAAUGCUCAUUGAUAUGAAGACACUGUAAGUUUGGAAAGAACCUGAUGAAAAAUGUUGACAUAAUCACCUAACCAAGCAGUGUUUCACGUUUAUUUUUAAAUUCAAAGAGACAUAAUUCUGGACUAAUGGUCCGAUAUUGCUCAUAUAGAGUUUGGGUUGGGUCCUCAUUGAUAAAAAACCUGUGAAAGUUUGGGAACAAUCUGAUGAAAAUUUUGGACUUCGAACAAGGAUUUCAAAAUUUCUCAACUUCUUAGGAAGAUAACUAUGGACGUAAUGGUCGGAUAAUGCAAAGGGCCCAUACGUGUCGCGCUUCGCGCUCCAUAUGUGGUUCUUAAAAAAAAAACUCCGAGGAGUGUGUCGUGUCCCCCAGAUACUGGGAGUACCUCUUGUCGCUAUUUAGCUCUUCGCUUCUUAUCGAUAGUUGGUUAUCUUUUCUGUCGAUUGUUUGCCUCGUGUAUUUUUUACGUCAGCAAUGUUUGAACAAAAUAUUGUUCCAUCAAUUUUAAUAUAAAUGCAGCGUUAUGGAGGUUGCAUGGUUAUUUACCGCAUGUAAUACCAUCUUACAUCAUCGUAUGUCAUUGUGGAAAAUAAAUCGCAUAAAGGACUUUGUGUAGUUUUCCGGUGGUAUUAAUAAAUGGUUCUACUUGCUGGCCUUAUCCUUGUUCCAGUACAGUAAAUAACCUACAGCUUAUAACGUUUGCAUGGAAACAAGAAAGUUAAGACAACAAACAUAUAAAGCCAUGGAGUUGUAUCAUCAACGCAGCGGCGAACUGACCAAUCAGUACAAAUAUCAUGUUAGUGGACUAGAAGAAUUUAUCUUGUCAGACUUUCAUUUAUCGGCAAGCAGUUCCAUAACCAAUUUAAAUAGUUAUAGGGACGAUUGUGACAAAUUGUUCAAAAACGUUCAAGUCGCAUAUGCGACUCUUUUCAAAUAUUUGGACGGGGUAAAAACAACUGAAAGCCAAACCUUAUCAACAUGGCUUGAAAAUUCAUUUGUACAAGUAGAGGCUAGAGUAAGUGACUGCCUUAAGUAUAUAAGGGCGCUCAAGGACCAGAAACUGGAAACAAUGAGCAAUAGUGAUAAAUCUUCGUCACCUAGCUUGGCCUUAUCGAAGGCCGCCGAGGCAAAGGCUGCUAUAAUUAGACUUGAAUUUGUCGAAAAGAAGAUCAAACUGAUGAAAAAGCAGGCGAACAUUAAUGCUGAUCUCGAGCUCUUAAAGUAUCAAAGGAAAGCAGCAGCGUUGGCUACUGAAGCUGAGGAGCUAGCAAAUCCAUCUAGUACGUCACAGAAUGGAUCGGUUAAAGGCGAUUUUCUACCAGCAGAGGACUCUGUUGCAAAGAUAAACCGCUUUAUAGCAGCCAAUCAGACUGAAUCAAAUUCCAUAUUAAAGCAAGAAAAACCUGUAAAUGAAUCGAGUGUUACAGCACAAUUUCUCCUAAGGAAAGACCUUAUUCUGUCAAGACUUACAAACUUUAAUGACACAUGUGCAAACUAUCAAGCAUGGAAAUCUAGCUUCCAGUCCGUCAGCAAGGAAAUGGUCAUAAACAGCAGUGAAGAAAUAGAUCUACUCAUCAAAUAUCUGGGUCCCAGUUCUAGGAAGCACGCGAUAAGCCUAAGAACAGCUCAUGAUACAGAUGAAGCGUUGAAUCAGAUCUGGCGGAGGUUGGACGAAAGAUUUGGCACACCAGAAAGUGUGCUGAAUUCUUUGUCAAAUCGACUGCAAGCCUUUCCUUGUUUGACAAAUAAAGAUAGAGCUAAACUCUAUGACUUAGCGAACAUCUAACAAGAGAUAGAGGGGUUGAUGACUAACCCCAAAUACAGCAAAACGUUAUCGUACUUCGAUUCUUCGAUCGGUGUAAAUCCUGUGGUGGGCAAGUUUCCCCACAGUCUUCAGCAGAAAUGGAUAACCCAUGCAUCUCACUACAAGGAACUUCAUGGAGUGCCAUUCCCACCGUUCAGUAUAUUUACGAGCUUCGUGAAAAAGUACAGCGUAAUAAACAACGACCCUAGUUUCUUUUAUGAAACCCAACCAAUAAAAGGUUCCAGUACUUGUGGUAGACAAAGGGAUC